AUGCAGCACUCUGUCGACUGUCUUGUUCGGGUGCUCGAGUCCUACAGGGGAAGAGAUAAAGUCAUCAGGACUUUCUGCUAUGGCUCCCAGUUGGUCGGCGGCAUUCUUUCAUGUAAAGCAGAGGCACAUGACUUUUCCCAUAACCUAGGGAAAAGGCUGCUUCUGUUUUCUGCUCAGCUAAGCCACUGCAGGACGGUGCUGAGGCUGUUCGAUGAUCUGUCCAUGCUGACUUAUUCCCACAGUUAUGGAUUUGGAUCACAGGAAAAAGAUGGAAUUGUGCGCUGGAUAUCAGUACUCACAAAUGUGGCCGACCAGCUCUACUACCCAUGUGAACAUGUGGCCUGGGCUGCUGAUGCCCACCUCGUUCGAGUCAAGUCUGAAAGAUGGUGGCUCUAUGGCACGGUGCUGUGGGGAACCUCACUGCUGCUUGGGAUACUCAGGUCAAUCAGAGUUCUGAUGCUGCUCAAAAUGAAGCUUAGGAGAUGUGACAAAGAUGGAAGCAGCCGCUGUCAGAUCCAUAGGCAAAUGCAAGUGGAGCUAUUGUCUAUUUUCGGAUGUGUGACAGACCUCAGUAACGCAAUCCACUGGAUGCCACAUGGCUUCCUAUGGGCCGGACGAUUCCCUGCCUGGCUCGUAGGGCUGAUGGGUACUAUCUCCUCUCUCGUUGGUUUGAUCAAGCUCAAAGUAGACUGUGAUCAAACAUGCAGUGUUGAAUGA